AUGUAGACUAACGUGUGCUUCUAUGAAACUGUGAGUAGUAAAAUUGUCACUAGAAAAGUGACUAGAAAUGUGUAAAACAAAAUUGAUGCUGACCAUAUAGGACCAUUUCUUAAUUUUCAAUGUACUGAAAUAUUUGGCCAUUUUGUUUAGAAACCAAACAUUUUAAUGUUGUAAAAGAAAACACUUUAUGUUCUGUCGCAUGUGUUUUGACAAUACUUUUAAUUGAACAUUGUACAAUGAUAUUUUAAGGACAAAUAUAUUUUCAACUCUGCAGAUGGCCGAUCGUGGACAGACAGAGGGGCGAUCGCAAGGGGCCCAAACUAGAAAUUAGACAGGUGGCCCAGAAUGCCUAGUGGCGCCCCUGAUUCUAAUAUUUUAUCUUUUAAUAUGCAGGACUAAGUCAUCAACACACAAGAAUGUGGGAGGGGUUUGUUUGGUAGGAGGGGCAGAUCCCUCCCUCAGACAUGUGAACUAUAAAAUGCAUCCACUUCCAUCGAGAGAGAAGGAGACAGUCUAUCGCAGCCUGUAAAUCAGAACUAAUCCUUAGAAAGUAUCAUUUGACUUCUGCACAUGAUGGGCGUCACACUGUUGGGUGUUGUGCUGAUCUUCUUGUCUGUAGGGCUGAAUAUACAGACAGCAGAGAGCUGCCGCUGUUUCCCACAACACCCUCAACAUCAAUUCUGCACUUCUGAAAUGGUGAUUUUAGCUGACAUAACCGCAAAGGGGGGUUCUGUUAAGGAUAAAAACCAAUUAUUUCGGUAUAAAAUCAAACUGAUCAAGGUAUUGAAAGGUUCCAACAAUGCAAAGCGAAUUCAAUACGUCUACACAAAUCCACAAUCAUCGUGUGGCAUCACACUGGAUCAGGGGCGAUACGUGCUUUCAGGAUACCAGUUCAAAUAUGGGAUCGAGGUAGGAAUGUGUGACCUUGUAAAGCGAUGGGAUCUUCUUUCCUUAACGGAACAAGAAAACUUCAAACAAACAUAUAAGAUGGGCUGUGACUGCACGAUCUCUACAUGUUUUGAAAGUCCUUGUUGUCCCCAAUCUAAGAACGAAUGUUUGUGGGAAACCAACUCUCCUGACUCUCUGGAGUAUGCCUGUCUGAGGGACAGUGACGGCAUCUGUAGCUGGUACUGGCCAAGUUCAAAAGUUGAUGAAGAUGCAAUGUGCAAAGCCUAAAAGACCAGCAUUUUCUCAUUCUUAAAGAAGAUAUUUGUUGAUCUUUAAUACUAAUUCAGCUUCUGAGUCCAUUUUUUAAUCAAUUUAACACUGCUGUUUUAACUCUGAGAGAGGAAAGAUCCCAUUCUUCCCCCACUGACUGUUUCCAUCUGCAAAUUAAACACCUUUGUAUGCAAAAUAAACGUGUUUCUAUUUGAUUGUAAUAUUAAAAAGUAAGCAUGCUUUGUAAAAACAGGAUAUUUUUCAGUUGAAUUCAAUAAAAAUGCAUAUUAAGCAACAUGUCUAAAAGCAUGAUGUGAAAAAUGACAACGUUAAAAAACCAUCACAAUGUUUAAUAAGCUGCUGAUGUAAAUCCCUUAUAUUAUCAUCUACAUUUAUGAAUUCUAUGGAUGAUUUUACUGCUUUUAACAUGCAUUUAAGGUACACAUUCUUCAUCAUACUGUUAACUUUGAGAAUCAUUUCAGCCUUUAGCUCAGGUAUCUGUUGAUGGCAGAGGAAAAUUUCUCAGCUUUUUCGUAAAUUGUAACUCACACUCAGACUAUUAGAAGGUGACGUGUUGGGCUAAAAGAAAACAACAUUUUAAUAGUCUUAUUUUUAUUUAGAAUCAACUUGUUUCAUAGGGGCUGUGUGGCUAUACAACCAUGUCUGAUCAUGACUACAAUAAAGGCAACAAGUUAACAUUAGACCCAUUUUAUGUGUUGCCAAAACAGAUAUCCAAGUGAAAAAAAGAAUUAAGCCCCAAGAAGCCUUGGUUUACAAAGAUUUAUAACAGCUAAGGGUGUUGUUAGACAUUGUUUGGACGAUUGACCCACUAAAGAAUGUACAGUGCCCUCCACUAAUACUGGCACCUUUGGUGAAUAUGAGCAAAGAAGGCUGUGAAAAAAUGUCUUUAGUGUUUAACCUUUAGUUCUUUUGUGCAAUAUCUUAAGAAAAAACUCUGCUCUUAUUGAAAACAAACAAUUGGAAAUACAUAACACACAAAAACAAAUACUUUGUUAAAUAUAUGUGUGCCACGAUUAUUGGCACCCCAAUGAAUUCAUAUGCACAAAAUAUUUUGUAUAGAAUAUAUUUAAAGUUUAAUCCCAUUGAUAUUUUGUAUUUUUCUAGUACACCUGGGUGAUUAGGACCAGGAUAUUGUAUAAAUAAACUAAGACUUCCUUUUUCACGGGGAUAUACAUAUGAGGUAAUUCAUAGGCCAAACUCCCUUAAUCAUUUAUCACAAUGGAUAAGACCAAAGAACGUAGCUGUGAUGUGCGGCAAAAGGUUGUUGAGCUUUACAAAAUAGCUACAAAAAACAGAAAAAAAUGCAAUACCCAUUCCCACCAUAAUAAUUAAGAAAUUCCAAUUAACUGGAAUUGUUAUGAAUUAGCGUGUCUAUCUUGUACCAGCGUCAGCAUUAUGGUUUGAGCCACCAUAAAAUCUGCAGGAAUCACAAUUGCAGUUAGUUGAGUCUAGUGGUCAGAAAGUCUCCAAAAUUAUAAUCCGAUGUCACCUACAGUGAGGGAAAUAAUUAUUUGAUCCCCUGCUGAUUUUGUAAGUUUGCCUGCUUACAAAGAAAUGAAGGCUCUAUCAUUUUUAUGGUAGGUUUAUUUUAACUGAUAGAGACAGAAUAUAAAAAAAUCAGGGGAAAAAUGUUAUUUAAAGUUUAUAAAUUGAUUUGCAUUUCAGUCAAAUGAUUUGCAUUCCCCUCACUGGGAAUCACCACAGAUUAUUUGGAAGGAUUUCAAGAAAAAAGCAUCUAUGUUGUGGUUUCAUAACGUUGUACCGACAUAUACACCCAAUUUCCCACAAAAAUGACACACAUUGAAAAUGGAUAAAUGGUGUUGCUAAAGAGUAAGUGCCACUGAGACCACAGAAAAAAAAAACCUUUUUGUGGUUAUCAUUAAAAAAAAGAAUGAACUGCAGAGUAGGAUUUAGUGGUUUGAUGGGUAAUCUAACUACAGUACAUUUAAAUUUGCAGCGUACAGAUUAUUUAUUUGGAAGGUUUAUACUACAUUCAUUUUUUUUUGCUGUAUAUAGGCUACAGCCAUGGAAAAAAUUAGGAGACCAUUUCAGUUUUUCGGAUUUUAGGUAGGGUAAACGCCCCUAUUAAACUCACAUAGCCAUUAAGCAAACUUCCAUAUUUGUUCAUGUGUUCACACUGUCUGGUGACCGUUCUGAAAGCUGUCUAAAAACGUUGACCAAAAGUGUCGUCCCUUAAAUGUGCCGUGUUUAGACGUUUAGACUUUUAUCUAGAAUCACUCCUUACUGCCAAAUUAAGAGAUUAAUGUUUAAACGUUUGCAUGUUAUGACCUUGAAAUCAAAAGAUUUUUUAAAAAUAGAGCAGAUGCUACAGAACUGUCACAGCUUUCCUUCAUUUUGGUUUUUGUGUUUUGGUUUUUGUCUUCUGUAUUCCUUAGCCUGUGUUCAUUAUUUGUUAAUUAGCUCCUCACCUGUUUCUGUUUCCCUUGAUUACGUUUCCCCAUGUAUUUAAGACCCGUUUGUUCCUGUGUUCAUUGUCCUUUUAAGUUGUUAUGUUUGGGUGUUGCUACGCUUGUUGGAUUUUCUUUCUUUCUUUCUUUCUUUCUUUCUUUCUUUCUUUCUUUCUUUCUUUCUUUCUUUCUUUCUUUCUUUCUUUCUUUCUUUCUUUCUUUCUUUCUGCCUGCCUGCCUGCCUGCCUGCCUGCCUGCCUGACUGGAUUUAUUAUUAAAGCUCUUUUGGAAUAUACUCCUCGCCGUGCUCUUGGUUUACACAUCAUCAUUGGAUCCUAUCAGGAAGCAUGUUGUGCGCCCCAAAUUCACCCCAACACCACGGAAAAGUCCCCCACAAUGCCCCGCUGCCUUAAUAAAUUGCGUGGACGCUGAGGCUCACCCAGGCAGCCGGCGCCUCGACGCACCCACGCUCUCCCUGCUCGAACAGUUGUUGCGGGAGUUCGAUGUAUGUUAAAGGGGACCUAUCAUGUACCUUUCCAGGCCGUCGGAGCCUGCUCGGUCGCCGAUUGAAAUGUUCUUCAUUUCGACGAAAGUAAAUUGUCUAUAAAUGCUGUGUCAGCAAAAUGUUGUUUAAGUAGACAGCUGAGUGUGUUUUGAGACACAGCCGCUCCCUCUCUCCUCCCAUCUGGAUCACCUUUGGAGCAUAUGGACUAAUAUCUUGCGGAAGAGUCAAUGCAAUGAAUGGCAAGACUUUACAUAACUAGCUUACACUAUACAUUGUGGACUGUGGAUGACACUCCACCUGUUGUCAACUGUGAAACCACACAAACUUUUUUACCAUAAAAAGUGUGACUGAUGGUAAAUACGCGAGUGAAAAUAUUUAAAUACAGUUUGAAUUUAUACAUACAGUUAUUUAGCAUGUGUGCCAACUUUUAACAUGUUCAUCUUUUUCAGGUUCAUCACUUGCUUGUUAAUCAACAUAAAAAAAUACUGUUAUAUACUAUAGUAUUUACUGUAGUGAACUUUAGUAAAAUUCUUCUUAUCUACUUUAAUUUUUUAACCUUAUUGUUGUAAAUAGUCUACUGCAGUUUUUCAAUUUAAUUUUGAGUUGAGUUUACUAGCAUAAAUGCUAUGGUAUACAUUAUUUUUCAUGUUGAAAGAAACCAUUUCUAAUGGCUUUAUUUGUUUAUUCUAAUAUUUAACUAUAAUGUGUUACAAAUAUCCUCAGAAGAGAUCUUUUAAUAGAUUUAGAGCUGUAUCUUUGUUUCUAGUUUAAUGUCAUGGAAUGAAGCAUCACAUGCUUGUGAAGAUCCACUGAGUAUGUCAUUGUUUUGACAUACAACAUGGUCAUAUGUUUAAAUAAAAUGUGAUAGAGAUGUGAAGAGUAGACGGUGUUUGACUUCCAGUCAUCAUUUACAUGUACGCAUUUGGCAGACGCUUUUAUCCAAAGCGACUUACAUUGGGAUUGUACUAUACAUUUGUUUCUGACUAUGUGCAAUCCUCUGGGAUCGAACCCAUGACCUUGGCGUUUGGGUCCGUGUAUCAUCUGAUCAUUUGAUUAUUCCAUUCAAUAUAACAAACGGGAAAAGAAAAAAAACAGUCGAUA